GCCUGCAGGACAAGGAGACAUUCAGCAACACACAUGGAGACUUUCAAUCUAUGCGUUCUACUAAGCCUGGCAGUCACAGUUUACUGUGUGCCACUACCACAGGUGACUGUGCAGGAUGAGACUUUUGCAGAGAGCUACCUGAAGAAUUUCUUCAACCUUACGGAGGAGACGGGUCCGACUAUCAGACGAGGAAUCAGCCCUGUGACCAAGAAGCUGAGUGAGAUGCAGAGAUUCUUUGGUCUCCAGAUCACCGGCAACCUGGAUGCAGACACCUUAGCAAUGAUGAAGAAGCCCCGCUGCGGCGUUCCAGAUGGAAAGAUUGGUGAAUUCUCCACCUUUGGAAGCGACCUCAAGUGGGACAAAAACAGCCUCACCUACAGGAUCGAGAACUACACACCUGACAUGUCCACAUCAGAAAUUGAUGACUCCAUAGAGAAAGCGUUUCAGGUUUGGGCCAAUGUCACUCCUCUGAGAUUCACAAGGAUCUACAGCGGCAUCGCUGACAUCAUGAUCUCCUUUGGAAGCAGAUCACAUGGUGAUUUUUAUCCCUUCGAUGGCCCUGAUGGCAUUCUGGCCCACGCCUUCGCCCCGGCUCCUGGCAUUGGAGGAGAUGCUCACUUUGAUGAUGAUGAGACCUUCACUUUCCGCUCAAAUUCAGGUUACGUCCUCUUCAUGGUGGCUGCCCAUGAGUUCGGUCACUCUCUGGGAUUGUCUCACUCUGAUGAUGCUGGUGCUCUCAUGUACCCCCUGUACUCAUUCAAUAAGCCUGAAACCUUUGUUUUGCCCCGGGAUGACAUCAAUGGAAUCCAGUCUCUCUAUGGUCCAAACCCUGACAAGGAUCCUUUUCAGCCAGGACCUGAGCCCCCCACCACCCCUGAUUCCUGUGAUUCAACCAUGGUGUUAGACGCUGUUGCCACCCUGCGAGGAGAGAUGCUCUUCUUCAAGGACAGCUUCUUCUGGCGUAGCCACAUUCAGAGCUCGAAAUCUCAGCAAGUCCUCAUCACAAACUUCUGGCCAGAUGCUCCCGUCAACAUCGACGCCGCUUAUGAAAGCCAAGUGUUGGACAGCGUCUUACUCUUCAAAGGUCGUCGAGUGUGGGCUUUCAGUGGCUAUGAUAUCGUGCCCGGCUUUCCCAAAUCUAUCUCCAGUUAUGGUCUUGAUGAAAGUGUGCAGAAAGUCAAUGCAGCUCUUUAUGAUGCAGCAACUGGCAAGACUCUGUUCUUCGUAGGCAGCAAGUACUACAGUUACGACGAGGCCAAGAAGAGAAUGGAUAAGGGAUUCCCCAAGAAUGUGGAUCAAACCUUCAACGGUCUGACCGGGGAGGUGACGGCAGCUUUCCAGUACAGAGGUUUUACUUACAUUUACAGUGGACCGUACAUGUUUGAGUACAGCCUGAGGAGUGGCAGACUGUUCCGAGUGCUGAGGAACGACUAUUUCCUGCGUUGCAAUAAGAACUAGACCAGUUCAGCCACUAAGGUGCUUACAUAGCCACUCUGAGUGAGUGAAGGCACUAUCGCUGUAAAUGUGACAACAUAUUUUACAGAAUUAUAUUGUUAAACAUUUUCAGGUAUAAACUUUAUUGAAGUCCUUCCUGAGAAAAGCACCUAGUAUUGUUUUGGUAUAUGUUUGUAACUUCUGAGCUUUUCACUUUUGCUAUUUAAGAUUAAUUUAUCUCUAUUUUAUGUAUCUUAUUUAUCUUCAUACUCAUUGUUUGAGCAUCUCUUUUAAUAUUCACCAAACUGUUUUAACUGUCUGUUUAAUGAAGGUUAACUGAUGACUACGGAGCAUGUUGCAUAAAAAGAUUAAUGACUGUUACAGAUACACACACACCGACAUUGCACUGAAUUUGAAAACCAUUGUGACAAGACAGAUGAAUGUAUACCUGCAAAAUUGUUAAAAAUAUGUGAUGACACCAAGAAUGUUCAAUAAAAGUUGAUUGAAAAGUA